CCUGCAGAUGUCAGUUGGUCACGUGACUUUAGAAAAUGGCGUCGUGAUGCGUCGCUCCCCGCCAUGUAAACAAUUUGGUCAGACUAACCGUAGUACACUGCGUUUGGUGAUAUCUGGGCGGUCAUCUGGUGGUAUUGAGGCUGAGAGUGAGAGUGUGUGGGUGGUGGGUGACGGAGGCGGCGGGCCGCAGGCGGCAGCUCUGUGUCGGGAAUUACCUCCAUUGAUUUUGUCCUGACGCGGCCCCCCCCUACAUUACGCUCCCCUUGUGCUGUUGACACGCUCCCGAGGUGCCACUUGGAUCACGACACGAGGGUUGUGAUCAAACCAGCAUAUAUAAAAUUUAAAGGGAGAGCAGCACAAUGACAUCCAGAACUAAGUCCAAGAAGGAGGAGGAGAAGAAGAGGCAGGAGGAGGAGGCAGCAGCUCAGGCGUAUGAGGAAUUUGUAGCCACAUUUGAAGAAACACCUGUACAGAAGGGCAAAGUAUGGGUGAAAGCAGGAACCUUCGAUGCGGGGUCGAGAAAGGAAGAUACGAAAGAGAAGGGGAAACUCUACAAACCAACAUCCAAGCUAGCGGAAUUGGCUGAAAAAUUCUCAAGUGCGGAGAAAGCUGCUCAGUACUCCAUCACCAAAGUGGAUAGGGACAGACCAGAAAAGCCUGGAAAAAAGAAAGAGAAAGAAAAGAAGAAGAAGAGUAACCUAGAGCUGUUCAAAGAAGAGUUGAAAAUGAUUCAAGAAGAGAGAGCUGAACGUCAUCGUAUCAAAAAUAUGUACCAGACACGAGAAUCUGGAAAGAGCAGUCGUUUUGAAGCGCCAGAACCAAAAAUACCUGGAUUUCUUGAUGACCCGAAGAUUGGAAGUUUUGAUCCUGGAGACCCGACAACUACUAAUUUAUAUCUUGGCAAUUUAAGCCCCAAGAUUACAGAACAGCGGUUGAUGGAGUUAUUUGGACGUUAUGGACCUUUGGCAUCUAUAAAAAUAAUGUGGCCAAGAACAGAUGAUGAAAGAAAUAGGGGUCGAAAUUGUGGCUUUGUAGCUUUCAUGAAUCGAAAGGAUGGAGAAAGGGCAUUAUCAGCUUUGAAUGGCAAAGAUAUUGAUGGAUUUGAGAUGAAACUGGGUUGGGGAAAGGCUGUUCCUAUCCCUCUCCACCCGAUUUAUAUUCCUCCGGCUCUUGUUGAGUUAACUCUACCACCACCUCCCUCUGGUCUGCCCUUCAAUGCCCAGCCUGAUAAAAGAGAUAGAGAUAAAAUCCCACCUGUUGGAACUCCACUUCCCGCAGAAGGAGAAAAGAAAGAGGAAAUGGACAAGAUUUUACAAAGGGCUGUUGUCAAAGUGGUUAUCCCAACAGAAAGAUCGUUAUUGCAACUUAUUCAUCGCACUAUAGAGUUUAUUGUACGUGAAGGACCCAUGUUUGAGGCCAUGAUUAUGAAUAGAGAAAUAAAUAACCCAGAAUUCAGAUUCUUGUUUGAGAAUCAAGGUCCUGCUCACGUUUACUACCGCUGGAAGUUGUUUUCAAUGCUGCAGGGAGAUUCACCUAAUAGAUGGACUACUAGACCUUUCAGAAUGUUUACAAAUGGAUCAAUAUGGAAACCGCCACCUCUUAACCCAUUUUUGCAAGGAAUGCCAGAAGAACUAAUAAAAAUGGAAGAGGAGGAGGAGGAUAAAAACAAGAAAGGAUCUUUAUCAAAUGCGCAAAGAGGGAGAUUAGAGUCAAUGAUUCGCAAUAUGACUCCAGAGAGAGAGAGGAUUGGGGAAGCCAUGGUUUGGUGUAUUGAACAUGCAGAUGCAGCUGAAGAAAUCUGUCAGUGCCUUACAGAGGCUCUCACAAAUAACAACACAGCUAUGCCUAAAAAAAUUGCAAGAUUAUACCUUGUGUCGGACAUCCUUCAUAACUGCAGCGUAAAAGUUUCAAAUGCCUCGUUUUAUAGAAAAGGCUUUCAGGCCAAACUAGCAGAAAUAUUUGAAGGGCUUCACAUAGCAUAUAAUCUUGUGGAGUCAAGGCUUCGAGCAGAGCAGGUCAAGCAACGUAUUAUGCAGUGUUGCCGUGCCUGGGAAGACUGGGCCAUUUACCCUCACGAGUUCCUAAUCCAUCUUCAAAACCUAUUCUUAGGCCUUGUGAAAAGAGAGACGAAGAUGGAGUUGGAAGAGGAGAUGAUGAUGAUGAUGUCCACUUCUGUGGAUCCAGUGCAAAUCCCAACAGAUGAUGUUGAUGGCAUUCCUAUAGAUGAUGUAGAUGGUAUACCCAUCAAAGAGGAGGAGAAAGAAGAAGAUAUUGAUGGUAUACCAAUUGCUAAUUCUCCUUUAAUGAAGAGUGCUGCAAUCUCGGCUCUGCUUGGCUAUGAUGAUGAUGACGAUGAAGAUGAUCUAGAUGGUGCUCCCUUGGAUGAUGAAGAUGUUGGUGGUGUGGAUGGCCUCCCACUGAAGGGCCCCAUAGUUUCUGACAAUGGUCCUGGCCCAGGGUUUGUCUCUUCUAAAUGGGAGAGUGUCAGCCCCAAGCGAGUCCAAGCUCAGGCUGUUACAACUUCUAAAUGGGAGGUGGUUGAGGCCAACCAGAGUGAAGAUGAGGGAGCAGAUGGCUCGGACAGCACACCCGUGUAUGAUAACUCUGGUCCACACACCCAGCGCAGCCAAAACAGUCAUGAUGAAGAUGACCUUGAUGGGAUUCCACUUGUGUAUGAUGAUUAUAAAAGGAAGACUAGAGAUUCAUCCGAAGAUGAUUCACAAUCUCAAGACAAUACAUCUGAGUACUCGGAAGACUCUAGAGGAUUUGACAGACUUCAGGGAGAUGUUAGUGAAGAACGAAGAGCAAGAUUACGUGAAAUAGAAGUUAGAGUAUUGCAAUAUCAAGAUGAAUUAGAGCAGGGUCUCCGUUCCCUUAAACCUGGAUACUCCAUCCACCGACAAGUAGCUCAUUAUCGUCACAAAAUGCUGAAAAAGAUUGAGAGAGAAGAAGGGAGUGAAAGAAGACAUCAUCGUCAUCGAAGUCGUAGCUCAACGCCUGAGGAGAGAAGGCCCACAAAGAGGUCCAGGUCACCCCACAAGUCUCGUCAUCGAACUCGGUCAAGAUCUCCUAGUUCCAGAAGACACAGGUCACGCUCUCCCAAAAAACGGAGAUCACACACUAGAUCUCCUCCGCGAAAGCACAAGAAAAAAAGCAGACAUUAGGGAUUUCAUUGUUGUGGGGAAUUUUUAUUUAUUUGCUGCCAUGUUUAAAAUAAAUUAUACAGUAUAUACAAUCACAUUUUGUGACAAAGAGUACCAGGUCAUACACCACUUCCAGCUUGAUAUCUCUUACGGCAAUUGUACAAUUACACUUUUUCAGAUGUGAAAUACACAAGUUUAAAACUGAAAUUAAAGAAAUUUCCUGUUAAUAAAUAUUUGAUCAUAA